CAACACUUAAUUGUCUGAAGCAAACAUCUGGAAUGAACUGAACAUCACCGACUGAUGAACAUUUAUUUAGGGGUGGAUUCACUUUCACACACACACACACACACUCAUUCUCCUCGCAGAUAUAAAAGGAGGCAAACAGAUCAGUGGGCAGAGCUGCAGCGCUGCAAUGGAAAAUCCACAAAGAAGAUCAAAUGACGGGAAAAAAAUAUCAUUUAUACCAAAGUUUGAUCAAGUUUUUUUCAACACUGGUGGACAUUUUCGCUCUAGCUAUGAAAUAUUUGGACGAGGUGGAGAUGGAUCUAACCGACUGGUUAUACUGUGUCUGGGACUGUUGAACGCUGUUCUGCUGAUAGCUGCUGUUGUUAUUGGGAUUAACUGUGGCAAAGUCAAAGAGGGUUCCCUCCAGGUUUCCCACUCAGCUGCAACACAGCUCAUCAGUGAGCUGAACUAUCUCCGUGGCAACCACAGCGAUGUGAUCGAAGCCGAAGAGGAGGCCAAGAACGCGUUAGAGAGAGCGGUCAAAAACCAUGCACAGCUAAGGGUGAAAAUUGAGCAGCAGAGGACCAUCAAUGACAAUUAUCAGAGACAGAUUGAGGCACUGCAAGCAGAGAAGACAAAUCUGCAGUCCAACAUAUCGGCUUUGGAGGGAACUUGUGGCAGAUGUCUCUCCAAAUGGCUUCUCCUCAACUCAUCCUGCUAUUUCUUUUCUUACAUCGAGUCCCGUACUGUCAAAAAGAACUGGCCAGAUAGCAGAGCAGACUGUAUUAGUCGUGGAGCCGACCUGAUUGUGAUCGAUAACCAGGAGGAGCAGAAAUUUGUGAGUGACAGCAUCAAAAAUAUGAAAACCAGUUCUAAGUGGUGGGAGAACGGAUUCUGGAUUGGGCUCACUGACAUAGAGACAGAGGGGACAUGGAUAUGGAUUAAUAAUGUCACCGAGGUAGAACAAAGAUACUGGAUGGAUGGAGAACCAAACAACCAAGGGGUUGAGAAUUGUGGGGUGGCAGUUUACGCCUCCACUAAUCCCUGGAAGACCCGAUACGAUGGAGGGUGCGACUCGUUUCUGAUACACUGGAUAUGUGAAAUGCCAUCAACAUAGAUGCCUGAAGUACUUCUCUAACAGAAAACACAUCCAUAUGUUUGGAACUGACUUGAAUGAAAUACCUUUAAGAUUUGUGUUACUGUAUGUUUCUGGGCCUUUUUCAAACUGUAUUUCAAGUACUCAUUAUGCAAAAUAAAGUACAGUAGUAUAUAGUAGUACUCAGUAUGCUAUUAUUGACAGUUAAUUAUAAUACAUUUUAAAUGUUCACACUUUUCUUCUAAGAAGCACAUACUAACAGUACAGAAGAAAUCUCGUAAAAUCCACACACACACACACACACACACACACACACACACAGACGCAGAUCAAGUGGGAAAACCAAAUUUACUAUGUUCACACUCACUUUGAUGAACUCCUUGUUACACCCAUUUGACAAGUUUAGGACAAGUAGAGGCAAACAGCUCAUUCAGGCUCUGUGUGAAGUUGUACAGUAUUCUUUGACCAAAUACAAGUUAUUUUUGUUCAAGAAAUGUGUUUUUCACUUAUUGCCAUAUUUGCUUUAAAAUAUGUACAGUAGUAAAUGUUGUGCUUAAAAGAUUUAAUAAGACCAGAUAUGAUGUUGUACAAAAUGCUGAUCAUAAAUCAGAUUCUAGAAAUUAUCAUGUAGGAUUGAUAAAUAAAACAUGUCAAAGCUUUAUAACUCAA